ACAGCCUCAGAGCAAUGGCUACCGCAAACAAGGUCGUAGGUGGCCUAAAACAGGUCAAACCUAUUAUGUCUGCAAAUAAGGCAGAAUCCAGAGCAAGAGUUGUUCAUUUGUACAAAGCUUGGUACAAGCAAAUACCAACAAUAAUUGCUAAGUUCAAACUAGAUGUCACAGAACAAGAAGCCUAUGCAAAGCUCAGGGAGGAGUUCAUUAAAAACAAGCAUGUCACAGAUUUAAGAGUUGUUGAUUUACUGGUUGUAAAGGGUCAACUGGCACUCUUAGAUGCUGUGGAGGACUUUAGUCAGAAAACUCACUUAAUGAAAUACUUCAAAGACACACAUAACCCAAGACCCACAGAUUUCUUAGGAAAGUUUUAUGCAGGACAUGAUCCUUAAACCAUCCAAAAUAGGAUAAUUGCUAUUCAUCACACACACACACAAAUGUAGACAUUGUUAACAAAGUGUUUGUUAAUAUUCUCUCCAUAGUAAUAAAGCAGAAUUGGAA